AAGCAAGUCUAUCUGAUCUGUGGUAAAAACAAAAAAAAAUAAAGCUAACCUAUAUUCAUCUAAAUAUCCGCUAUUACAUUAUAAAUAUAUUAUUAUUUAGACAUAAAAGACCAUUUCAACUUAAACGUAAACAGAUUUCAGUGAUUAACAAUGGCAGAUUCAGUGAAUAUGUCUUUGGAUGAGAUAAUCCAACAGAAUAAACAGCUACGAACUAGUAGAUCUCGUGGAAGAGGUGGAGGUACGAAUAGAGGCCGUGGAGUGGAUCGUGGUGGAGGUCGAGGUAGACCAGGUAGAGGUGGAGGACGCGGACGCGGUCGUGGUGGCCGGGGGCGUUCACAGUCACGUGCCAAUACCCCAUCGGGUAGACAGGGUCGAUCUCGAUCCCGUGGCCCAGGAGGACGCUCUCAAUCACGGUCUCGUUCACAAUCGCAGGCACGCUCCCGCUCUCGACAACGCCGUAAUUCUGUUUCACGAGGAAGAUCAAACUCGAGAUCACGUUUCACUAGAGGUCUCACUCCCAAAGGUAGAGCAGGCCUAGAGGAGCAACAAUCUGAAAUACCUCCAUUAGUCAGAACUGGUAGAUUUAACAACAGAGGUGGACAGCAGAACAGAUUGAGACGGUCCAAUUCUAAUCCAAAUCUUUAUGGCAGUGUGCAUAGUAGACUUGGCAUAACUACACGUCGAGGUGCAGCAAAUCUGCGUAGACCAUUGGCAGUUGCUAAGCGAGGCAUUUCUAAACGUGGUCGUGGUUUGAGCACUGGUAACAGGUAUAGUGCAGUGGGACUACGAUCAGACCAAAUUUUGAAAGAACAAAGACAGAAUCUCCUUAUGCAUAAUAAUGUGAUACGGUCACAGACAUUCACACGAUCUCGAAACAAUUCUUUCAAUUCUGCUUCACAACUAACAGUUAGUGUGGCAAAUGAUUUUGUCAAUAGACGACGUAACAGUUUUGGUAGUUCAGGUUAUUUAAAUAGGCAGAGUUUAGCCCAACUUAAUAAUCAAUUUGGUGGUUAUAACACUCGAAGAGGCCCAGGAAGUGUUAAGUCAUUAGGAUCAAAUAGAUCGAACAGAUCUAACCGAUCAAAUCAAUCCAAUAACAGCAAAAGAUCAACAAGAUCGCGUGGACGUGGCAGAGGAGGAAAUCGAGGUAUAGGUGGAAAAUUUGUUAAUAAACAAAUACUAAAUGCUAAACUGCAAAAGGAAAUAGCUGCAAUACAGGGAAAAACAUAUGGCAAUAAAACAGUUACUGAGUCUCCUACAGGUGUGAACUUUACUCCCACUCCAGCCGCAACAGGACAAUCUUUACAUCAAAGAUUUGCUAGUACAUAGAUUGAAUAAGUAGAUUAAUAUUAGAAUAAGGUUGAUUAUAAUUUUUGUUUAGUAAAAAUGUGAUUAAGGAGUAAGUAAACUGUUUUCUAUAAUUAAUGUACCUGUAAGAAGUAUUAGAGAUAAACUGUUAAAAUACAAUCCUAACACCAUAGCCAUUGCUUAGGCAAGGAACAAAAACUUUUUACAUAAUACAUAUUUCAUGGAACAUGUUUGUUUGAUUUUUUUUUUGUUGUUAUGAAAUGGCCUACAAUUAAUAUAUGUAAAAGUGUUACUGUGUAUCUCUAAAGUGGAAUUGCUUCAUAACCAAUUUU